UCUGCGCAUGUGCAAUUGAUAACAGAAAAAUGGAAGCCAGUUGAGAUUCAUCAUGGUACCAGUUUAGGAAGUAUAAUGGCGAGUACUUUUACCGGAGGAUCAGCAAAUACAGUUUCUAGGCCUCUGGAUCGUAUAUUCGAUGAUGCUCAACACACUGGUGAAAUUAUUCUAUGUGGUCGUAAACUGAAAGAGUAUCCAAAAAUAGCAGGAAAAUAUGAUCUUGUCGAUACCGUCUCCAUAGAUCUUUCCAAAAACAGGUUUACUGAAAUUCCACCAGAAAUAUUUGAGUAUCGCUCAGCAGAAUGUUUAAACUGUUACCACAAUGCUAUUAAAUUUGUUCCUGAAGCAUUGUUACAGUUGCAGAAUCUCACUCAUCUUUGUCUCAGUCGGAAUCAGCUGACAGUCAUACCCCCAUUCAUUAAAUGUUUACAAGCUUUAGAAGUGUUUCUUGCCAGUCAUAACAAAUUGGUCUCGUUGCCAGAGGAAAUUGGGGAGCUUAAAAGGCUUAUGGAAAUUGAUGUCAGCUGCAAUGAAAUAUCUCACUUGCCAUCACAGAUAGGGGAUCUCAAAUCCAUGCAGUGUCUAAAUGUUAGACGAAAUCUGUUAAUAGAGUUACCUCUGGAAUUAAGUAAGUUACAUUUACGGAAGUUAGAUUUUUCAAGCAACAAGAUUUCAACUAUACCUACUGCAUUUCGUAAGAUAGAGACAUUAGAAGAGAUGAUACUGGACCACAACCCACUGACCAUGCCCCCAGCUCAUGUGUGUAUCAAAGGUAAACGUCACAUCAUGAAGCUCCUUCAGAUAGAGGCUAUAAAGGAAGAACAGAAGAGAGACAAUGAUGCAGAAAUGAAGAAACUGGUCCGCAAAUCCAUGCCUCCUCAAAAUUCUAUACCUGCAGAGGAAUUUAUGACAGAUCCAUCUCAAGAAAAAUGGAAGAGACACACUGUGUUAAGUAAUGAUUCUGGAUACAGCACCACAGAUAGUUUGGAGAAGAUUGGAUGGUCCCCCAAUGUGUCUGAGGCGUUAAGCCAAUGGCAGCAUGGCGAUUCUUCAGCUUAUAAAGGGGUCGUGGCUAAUGGUCCAGAAAUAGACCCACCACGACGAGGGCUUGAAUCUCGUCCUCCUCCAAUAAACACAGCUUACAGUGGACCAAAUACCAAUCAGUUCUCACCUAAGACCCCCACCCCAGGGUAUCCACCAACAGAACUCUCCCCACCCCCAGGGGAGCUAUCACCUCAGUCACCUCUGACCCCCGUAACUCCUAGAAUGCCAAUUAGUGCCAGUGACCAAGCAUUUUCAGAGAAUGAAUUUUCAAGGGAACUUAAUCGCCAGAAAGUAGAAUAUGAACGUAAGAAGAAGACUGCUGAACAGCUGAGAAUUCAACAGGAAGAAGAGGAGAGGGAAACGAGACGAAAAGCUGCCCAAAAAAUUCAAGAGGAGCAGAAAGCUCUUUUAGAAAAACAGUGGCAGGACUCAAGGACAAAUGAAGCAGUUAAAGUAGAAGAAAACAGGAGACCAGAGAAAAAGCAGGAAGAACCUAAGGCUCUGUUGCCCCGCCCAGAACAAGAGGUCAACAAAGGGUCACAGGAUGCCAGGAGAUCUGUGGAAAACAAUUACAAGGUUUAUCCAAGCCGACACCCUGCAGAUUUCAACACCCCUACCCCCUUUGGUUACAAACCUCAGUAUAACCAUGGAAAUGUGUCCCCUUACUCCCCAGUCUCUCCAGGAUCACCCCCUGGAUAUUCAUAUGGACAAACAGUUCAUUCUCCACACAGGAAUGAACACCACAAUCCUCAAGGGGUUUCUCCAUAUGGAGUUUCCCCACAUGGUGCAUCCCCUCAAGGGGUUUCACCAAACAGGCCCACAUAUAACCCUCGUGCAACUGGAAAUCCUCCAAGGACUCUAGCACUUGACUCUCAGCAUUAUUCUGGAUAUGUGCAAGAUGCUAGCAUGGGAAAUAGCAGCUCUUCCAUUCACUCCCCUCCUCAUGUUUCUCCGCAUUCAGCAAAGACAUCUGUGCCUCAUUACGCUGCUCCAUUGCAACGGAACAGCAGAAAUGCAAUGGAUACCUAUAGCAUGAAUUAUAGACAACCAAAUCAAACUACCAACAGCGUGAACAAAGAGGAACAGAAGCCAACAAAUGUUCCAUUACGACGACAGGGUUCUGAUUCAAAUCAGAACCCUACGUCAAAUCCUUCCACAGCCAAACCAUCAGGGGCUAAAACAGGGGCCUCUGGUGCUCAUAGCUCCACUUCGCGAAUCAAAAAACCUGUUAGCAGAGGCAUUCCCGUGUUGCGGCACAAACCGGGCAGUACUGUAAAUGGAGGAAAUAGUCCUGGGAUUUCCCCGAGCCCAAGUCCGAGGUCUUCUCUAGGAUCUACAGGAACCAAUAGUCCCAGUUCCUCUACAUCUUCACUACACAAAAUCGGUGACAAAGGUGGGCCGGCCACUCGACGAACCAAAACAACAGCCACCACGCCCUCUUCUGGGAGGGGUGCAGCAGGUGGGGAGAGAAGCAAUGUUCCUCCUCCUACCCCUGUAAGAAGCAGUUCUAACAGACCAUCUACAGGAUCCUCACAGGAGGAUGGUAAACCUGGUAAAGGUGGGCGAACAACACCUGGGGAAGAUAAAAGACAGGUGCAAAAAAAUGCUGUCAACAGUCUGAUAGCCAAGAGAGAUGACAAGAAAACUCCACCUAACCCACCCCUCAGAACCAGUUAUGGAGCAGCAUCUCGCAGAUCUGCAGGUUCAGGGAGUGCAAUGAGAGUGAUUGAUAGUUACAAAGAUGAUGGAAAUUUUACACUACGCCGACAAGAGGAACGCAUGAAGGAAGAGGCAGAGCAAUUAAAUCGCCUCAGAAUGACAAUAGAGAAGAGACUGAAGGUGACGUUGCCAGAUAAUUUGCCGGAGUCCCUGAGGGAUGGCGUGUUGCUGUGUCAGUUUGCCAAUAACAUAAGGCCGCGCUCUGUUCUCAGCAUCCAUGUUCCCUCACCUGCUGUGCCAAAACUGACAAUGGCAAAAUGCCGAAAAAAUGUUGAGAAUUUUCUAGAAGCAUGUCGAAAAGUUGGAGUAGGGAAGGAGCAGAUCUGUAGUUCACAAGACAUUUUGGAUGAGAGUGGUAUUAUACGUGUGUCUAUAACAAUUGCAGCCUUAGUAGCCAUUUCAACAAAUCCCAAAGCAUCUGCUGUGUAGCCAGAGAUUGCAUUUAAUCCCAGGAUCCCAAAACUUACACUGCACAAGCUGAUAGGAAGUCAGUUAACAUGUCUCGCCACUAACGUUCAGCUAUCAGAACUGUCAUCAAGAACAUCAGGUCGAGAAGUCCCAAUUUUAGGGCAUCUCGAAAAUCCCAAAGUAAAUACAUAUAUAAAAGAUGUGACAGUCAGUGCAUUUUGCUGAAUUAGUACAUAAUCUAAACACUUUUUUCUCAGAGGAACAGCGAAUUCAUAUCAAUUUUUUUUCUUUUUAAAAGUAAGUACCAUUAUGGGGAGGGGGAAUUAAAUCACACAUAUUGCCUGGAUGCUGCAUGUCAGGUAUAUUUAAUCCAGAAUUUCCAUAAGCAGUGUGUAGCAGGGUCACAGACUGUGAUAAUACUCAAGUUUACUGUAUAAAUAUAAAUAUUGUACUUAAAAAGUAGGUGUAGUUAGAAGAUAUGCUAAGUUUAAUUUUUGUGCAGUAAUAAAUUGUAACGAUAGGCAGAUUAUUUUGUAAAUAUGGGAAAUGAUUCUGUUCAUACUGUUUAUACAUCUGUAACUCUGUUUCUUGAGAAGUAAUUUGUAAUGUUAACAGUUAACACUGAAUUACUGGUCUUUAUGAACUAUAGAGUACACUGAUGUCAAUGCUGAUUGUAUUAUGCAUAAAGCAUGUAAAGGUGCUAUAAUGUAGACUGAUGUGUGUCACAGUUUUUAUUUUUUUUUUGGACUUUGUGCAUCAGAAUUUAUAACUAUCUGCCUUUCAGAGAGAGUUGUAAAGCAGCUCCCCAAAGCAGUUUCCUAAGGUGACCUUGUGGCAUUUUCUUUCCCUGAUUUUUAUUUUCCAUUUGUUGUAUUCUUUUUUUCCAUUGUUACAGUAGUUUACCAGAAAAAAAAUUAGUGCUAAUACAUGUAAUUUAAAGGUUUCUUUGUAAAUAUGUGUACCUGGUUGAAACAUGUUAGACACACCUGUAGAGUAUAUAUAUAUAUAUAUACCAUCCCGGAUAAUUUACAGCAAAGCUACUGAGUUCCAAACUUAUCCCUUUAUUUUGGUGCCAUAUCUGUCCUCCAGGAGUUCCCAUUUUAAAGAUUUUUCCUUACAUCAUUCAUGGUCCCAAAUAACAUAUCUAUGACAUGUAUGCCCUAUAUCCAAGAGAGUCUCUACAAUAGAUUAAAGGUAUUUUAACACCCCCCCCCCCCCCCCUAAAAAAAAAAAAGAUGAUAAUUUAUGAGCAAUCAUACUCUAGGAGUUGCUCAAGAAAAUGUCUCAAACAUUAACUAGAAAUGCUUUAAGGUAUAAAACAAAAGCUGAUUCAUUACUGUUUAUGGGAAUAAAAUGUGAAAUGCCUGGAUUUUACAUUUCUAUCAGCAUUCAGUGUUUUACUUAUUUGUACAGUAUUUACUGCCAAGUAAAACAUUUCUUUUAUCAUAUGAUGUGCAAUAUUUAUUUUUAUGUGAUAAUGUUCAUGAUAGUCAGAAUAGUUGUUGCAGCUCUAACAAAAUCAUGCAUGUUCAAACGGCAAUUAGAAACUCUCUUUGCCUUUAUCCUUUAUAAACCUAUCAAUGGCCAGAGUUGAAUGUUUACAUGCUGUUCAUAUUGACAGUUGUGUCUUAUUUAUCCUUUAUAUGAGAUUACAACUGCUACUAAAUUAAGGGUAUGCUGUCUUCAAUUUUUUUUUUAAAUAAAAUAUAUGUACAUCAAGUUGGUUAUAUAAUUUUUCAUUGAUCAAACAAAGUUGGCACAUGCAAAUAUUACUGUUAGGUGUGAAAAGAGAAGUAAAUAUAAAAGUUCAAUGUCAUGAAUAUGGGGGGACAAAGAGGCAAAUUUACAAAAAGAAGUUUGUAGUUAAGGAAUUCAUGACAUAAUGUUUAAAGAAUUGCUACAAUGUAGUACUAAUUUUCUUUGUACAUUUGAAGUGUACUAGCACACAAAUUACUUUAAAUAAAUAAAUCAGAUGACUAAAUGCCUGUGAAUGGUUUCGCAGCAAAAGCUUUGGGUGUUUUUCAUUGUCGGACAAUGGAUGAUUAUUAUGAUUAUUUUAGGUUUAAAAUUGUCAGAUUUGUAAUGAUUUUUUAAUAUUAUUAAGACUUUUUUAAGCACACAUAUCUGCUUUGCUGUAAAUCACUUAAGAUUCACAAACCUGAUGAUACCGGCUUCUGUAUAUAGUAGCUUGAUAUUAACAACAAGGGUUAAAAAAAAAAAUGUAGAUGUCAUUGUGUUUCUGCAACCAUUUAUUUGCUUUUUUACUGUUAAAAUUAAUUUAAAAGUUGCAUAGACCUAGGUCAAGAGAUUAAACAUAUGAAAAUUAAAAAAAAUACUAAUUGAAA